AGCAUGGGGAGCCCAAUCCCACCCCAAUCCAACGCAAGGAUCAUAAGCUGAGUUUGGUUGGGAGCUUGGGCUUCUUUUGGGCUGGGCCUGACGCCGGUCAACAACUUAGACGGGUUGAGCGGCCCGAUUCACAGUCCUUCCAUAUUCAGCUUCCCUCCAAAGCAUAAAUUGCUUGACCAUAUAAAGAAUGUCCUCAUCAAAUCUUACUUCAACAAGUGAAACCACUUGUAAACUGAAGAUUUAAAAAAAAAAAGGGGAAUAAGGUAUGAACUCCAUUCACAACUCAAAAUUUUAUAUUAGGGUUAGAAUGCAGCACUGAAAAGACACUUUUCGAUAUCAUAUGGAACAAUGUUGGCCAGUCACGAAAUGCCACGCAUUUAAAAAUAGAUUCAUUAUUUUGUAUCUAGUAAAUAAUCUUAUAAUUAUUUAGGUCUCGUUCCUUUACAUUUUGAUCUUAUUUCAUUGAUUCAAAUUUUACCCUAAUAUGAGACCAAAUCGAUAGCCUAGCAUUUUCCAUGAGAAGUAUGAUGGGGGCAUCUGCAUCUGAUAAUUAGGACAAAGUCUGUAAUCAGAACCCAGACUUUCCAGCGCCAAAAUUUGAUUUGUAGACGGCCGGGGUCUUAUCCCAAUCCCGUCUUUGGACUUUCUCAAAAGAAGAGCCUUCCAAACAAACAGUUUUAAUACUUUGGAUUCUAAUACCAAGGCUUUCCGCUCUCUUCAUUCUCUGUCUGCCACCACCACAAGUACAAAAACAAAAAGUCCCAACUCUCAAAGCCAGCCCUGCUCUCAAAAAUGGAGCCAAAUGAAAACAAAAAAACAAAAGAACAAAGCACCCCCCUUCUGUCUAUCUGGUGGACCAACAUAGCCUUCAUCUCUCCCUCUCUCUCUCUCUCUCUAACUCUGUGUUAAUGUGAACUGAGGAUUGUGGAGUCAACUUUUGCCAAAAUUAAUUUUCUUUUUCCAAUGGAGUUCUCAUGUAGCCGGAGAUUGAGGCCAUUUGGUAAAGAAAAGGAGGGUCUUCUUUAGUCUUCAGAAGCUAUCUACAUUCUACAAUCCCCAUAAGAAAAGGAAAAACAAAGAGGGAAGAAAAGGCGCCUCCUCAGGCUCAACUCAAAAUAGGCUUCUCAGAGGCUUUUUUCUAUCUCAAAUGGGUGCCCUUCAAGCCAUGGUUGUUUGCUUGUUUCUAGUGCGUGCAUGCACAACCAAUGCCCAGGUUGAGCAAUGGAAGUCUGCCACUGCAACAUACUCCAAAGAAACAGAUGCUUCAAUCAUAACUGAAGGUGCUUGUGGUUAUGGGGACCUUCACAAGACCAGCUAUGGAAAGUACAGUGCUGGACUCAGUACCAUGUUGUUCAAUAGAGGCAGUACCUGUGGGGGCUGCUUUGAAUUGAGAUGUGUUGAUCACAUCUUGUGGUGUCUCCAGGGGAGCCCAUCUGUUAUCCUCACUGCCACAGACUUUUGUCCACCAAAUUUUGGGCUUCCAACUGAUUAUGGUGGCUGGUGCAAUUUCCCCCAAGAACAUUUUGAGAUGUCCGAAGCCGCCUUUGCUGAAAUUGCAGGGUUACAUGCUGAUAUAGUUCCAGUUCAGUACAGGAGGGUUAAGUGUCACAGAAAUGGAGGAAUGAGAUUUACAGUGAGUGGGAAUUCCCACUACUAUCAAGUGUUAAUCACCAAUGUUGGGUUGGAUGGAGAAGUUGUGGCAGUGAAAGUGAAGGGAUCAAGAACAGGGUGGAUACCCAUGGCAAGGAACUGGGGACAAAUCUGGCAAUGCAAUAUUAACCUUGAAGGACAACCUCUAUCUUUUGAGGUGACAACCAGCAGUGGAAAAACACUCACCUCCUACAAUGUUGCUUCAGGAAAUUGGAGAUUUGGUCAGACAUUUGAAGGGAAACAGUUCUAGAACUUGGGCAGGGGACAGAAACAAAAAGAAAGGGCUCUUCCAAGCAUAGUUUCUGAAAUUUGGGCAGCAGCUUGAAGCUUACAAUUGUUAAUCAUGAGUUCAUCACGGCUGAAGCUCUAAACCUUAAAGGCAUGCUCACCCACUCAUUCAAGGUCAAAAGUGACGGAAAGUGGAGAAGAAAGCUGAAGAACUAGGAAUAUGAGGUCCCAAUUUUGUCUCCUUUUGAUAUACUUCGAAGAAAACAUGUAUCAUAAUGGAAUGUGUAAUCAUUAAAAAGUAAGCUAAAUCUACCUUACCCUCAAA